GGGAAAAGUAAACACCGGCAAGUGCAGCUGUGUGGGGGGAGGGGGAUGUUGCCCAUCGCCCCUGCGGCUCUGCCUCCCGAGGAGCCGCGAGAGGUGCCCGGCGGCCGCUGCCCAGACCGCGCGCUCGAGGCUGCAGAGCCAGAGGAGCAGAGAAGGAGCAGACCGGAGGCGCGGGAUCGGGGGCGGAGAGGAGAACGGAGAGGCGGAUGGUGGAAACUGCAAGAGAUGAUCAGGAGCACUUUGAGUGCCAGGAACUGCUCGAGUGCCAGGUGCAGCUAGGGGCCCCUGAGGAGGAAGAGGACGCGGACCUGGUGGCCGAGGCGGUAGCGGCCGGCUGGAUGCUCGAUUUCCUCUGCCUCUAGCUUUGCCAGGCCUUCCGUGACGGCCUCUCCGACGACUUCCACCGCACCCGCGACAGCGCCGAGGCUAUUAUUCAUGGACUGUCCAGUCUAACAGCUUAUCAACUGAGAACUAUAUACAUAUGUCAAUUUUUGACAAGAAUUGCAGCUGGAAAAACCCUUGAUGCACAGUUUGAAAGUGAUGAACGAAUUACACCCUUGGAAUUAGCCCUGAUAAUUUGGGCUUCAAUUGAAAAGGAACAUGACAAGCUUCAUGAAGAAAUACAGAAUUUAAUUAAAAUUCAGGCUAUAGCUGUUUGCAUGGAAAAUGGAAAUUUUAAAGAAGCAGAAGAGGUCUUUGAAAGAAUAUUUGGUGACCCAAAUUCUUAUACGCCUUUAAAAAGGAAAUUGCUUAUGAUAAUCUCUCAGAAAGAUACAUUCCGUUCCUUUUUUCAACACUUCAGCUACAACCACAUGAGUUAUGUGAAUUAUGUGCUAAAUGAAAAAUCAUCAACCUUUCUACUGAAGGCAGCAGCAAAAGUAGUGGAAAGUAAAAGAGCAAGAACAACAACUUCUCAAGAUAAACCUAAUGAUAAUGAUAUUGAAUUGGAAACUGAAGCUGAUUUGGAUAUAGGAAAAAGUGUUAGUGAGUCUGUGGUAACUGAAUCCUCAGGGGAUACAGUAUCCUUAUUGAGGUCUCACAAAAAUCUCUUCUUAUCUAAGUUGAAACAUGGAAACCAACAACAGGAUGAUAAUAAGAGAGAGGAAAGAGUGGAAACUCUUCAAAGUGGAAGAAAGAAAAAAGAGAACAGUAGGCGAGCCACUGAAAGCAAGAGAAUACGUGUUUUAAACAGUCAGCCUGUAACUCUUGAAAAACAUCGAUCUAGAAAAAAACAAGCAUGGCUUUGGGAAGAAGACAAGAAUCUGAGAUCUGGCGUGAGGAAAUACGGAGAGGGAAAUUGGUCUAAAAUACCAUCACAUUAUAAAUUCAACAACCAAACAAGCGUCAUGUUGAAAGACAGGUGGAGGACUAUGAAGAAGCUGAAGCUGAUCUGCUCGGACAGUGAAGACUGAGUGUGUUUGUAGAGCUGGAUGACAGUUAAACCUUUUUGAUCACUGCAUUUUGUUUGAAACUUGGUGGUCAUUAAUGUAGCUUAACAUUUUGUUUAAAGCAUUAAAGUAUUUUUUCUGUGGCACAGUCAUUUAAUGUGAGGAUUUGUGCUAUAAGAGCAAGAUUUUAUACCAUCACUGUAUUCUUCAAGAAUCUCUUUACUUUGAUAAAAAAAAAAUAAAUUUUCUGAACCCUAGUGCUUAAAAAAAUGAAAGCCUGGUAAGAGAAAAAAUAUAUUGCUGUUAACCUAUUCUGUAUCUGUGGGCUGGCUUCAACUCCAUGACACGCAUAAAAGUGAAGUUUCUAAAUCACUGAAUAAUAAUAGGCCUUUGACAUAAGGGGUAGUGACUUGAUUUAUGGCCUUAAUAUAUUAAUUGUUAAGACAUUUGUUUAUAGAAUGAUAAAUGUACAAAGUCAUCUGUGAGUUAUAACAUACUUAAAUUUUUCUUUCAGAAGUUUCAUACAAAGAAAAAAAGUUGAAAGUGGUAAUAC